AUGGAGAGCGACUUUCGGUGUUCGAAGAAAGAUAUGGAGAGCGACUUUCAGUGUUCGGAGAAAGAUAUUGAGAGCGACUUUCGGUGUUCGAAGAAAGAUAUGGAGAGCGACUUUCAGUGUUCGGAGAAAGAUAUGGAGAGCGACUUUGGAGAACAGAAGGUCUGUAAUUGGUGAUGCUAUUUAUGACUUGAGAUUUCUCGCUAUGAAUGAAAAAGAGUUUUCUUUGAAUGUUGCAACAUCUGGACUACUCACGGCUGAAGAAAUAGUUCCAAUUUACACAAAAUUCAAUGGAAUUUAUUCACCUGAUCUAAAGUGGAAAUUAUCAGAGAAACGUUCUACGAGUGAUAUAUUAUCAGAUAAACGUUCUAUGAGUGUUAUAUCAUCUAUGAAUGAUAAAAUAUCAGAGAAAUGUUGUGUGCCUAUGAGUGAUGAUUUAAAUUUAGAAAAAGAAGAAGCCCCUGUACAAGGUUAUUUUUAUCAUAUGUCAAAACAGAAAAUAGACAAAGAGAAACGGACAAAGAAAAAAGAAAGAAAUCCAAAAAACGUGUAG